GUUUCGCGGCAGUCUGGUAAUUUCAUCAUAGUUGCUUCUGUCUGGCUGUAACCAUUUAAAUCGUUAUUGGCAAUAAUAGAUCGAGCUCAAGUUUGGGUAAGACUUGUGUGCGUCGUUUCGUACUUCUCAGACUUCACGGCUAAUGUAGCUAGUUUCAAACCCGUGAAGGAUAAGUUGCGCAGCGGCAACACGAAACAUCCACUGGGCUCCUAUCCUGAAGCAUGAACAGACCAAUGACAGACCAUCACCGCAGGUUUCUGCAGACCAUGAUGAGCAGCGGGGUUAUGGAGUCCUCCAAAGCCAACGCUCUGUACCUGAAUUUCUGCGGGGACCAAAGUGCACCUGCCCAGCUGGAUGAGUUCAUCGAUGUCAUCAAUGCGCAGCUGCAGCCGAUGUUCAUGAACAUCAGGAAAGGGACGUCUGAGGACAACGGCCUCGAGUACUACGCUCUGGUGAAUAUGGCAGAGACGGACAUAACCCGAAUGUCUUCCGAUUAUGCAGACAAUGAGCUGGAACUCUUCAGAAAAACAAUGGACUUGAUUGUGGAGUCUGAGAGAGGAGCAGCUAGCUCCACGGACAUCCUCAACUGCGGUGACAGGCUUCAGACCAAGAAGAUGAAGAAGAAAGACGUGGAGAACGUGCUGGACAGGCUGGUCCAUGAUAAGUGGCUGAACGAGAAACAUGGCGAAUACACUCUCAGCACACGCUGCGUCAUAGAGAUGGAGCCGUACAUCCGGAACAUGUACCAAGACCUGGUCAAACCCUGCGCCAUGUGCCACAGCCUCGCCUUCCAGAGCCAGACGUGUGAGAGCUGUGAUGUCAGAAUCCACCUGCCCUGUGCUGCCAAGUACUUUAAAAACCACGCUGACCCCCAGUGCCCCUCCUGUAAGGAGUACUGGCCACACGACAUUCCAGUCUUCCCGUCAGUCUCUCUCAGCCAACCAACGUCCUCUCAACCCAACGCUGCCCCGGUAUCUACAGCCUCCCGGAGGCUCAGGAAGUGAUGUCACUGCGCUUCAGUCCCUUCAUUUGGCUUCUACGCCCUUUCCUUUCAGGCGUCACCUACUUGGGGCCGGAGGAUUGUAGUUCUUGUCGAUUCGUUUUACAUUUGGAAAAUAUUUUUUGUAUGUGUUCAUAUUUCAAAACAUUUUCUUAUUAAAAUAAAUUAAAAGCUUUAUAUGGAAAAAA